CUUCGCAGUUGAGCUUCAAUCAGCCAUAACUUUACACCAUUGAACAAACAGAAUUUGCAGUUGAGCUUCCAAAAUCCACCAUUGAAGAUGAGAUCUCCAGUUGUAGAGGUUCAUUGGGAGAAAGGAGAAGUCCCCAUUGAUCUAAGAUUUGCCAUUGAAGAAGUUUCUGUUCGUCUAGAAGACCUAAAAUCCACCAUUGAAGCAGUUUCUACUGAUCAAAAAGAUCUAAAAUCUGCCAUUGAAGAAGUUUCUACUAAUCAAAAAGAUCUAAAAUCGGCCAUUGAAGGAAUUUUUACUCAUCUAAAAGAAUCCAAUCCACCAUUGAAGAUGAGCACUCCAACUGAAGAGGUUUCUAGGGAGAAAGGAGAAGUUUCCACUGAUCUAACAUCCGCCAUUGAAGAAGUUUCUACUGAUCUAAAAUCCGCCAUUGAAAAAGUUUCUAUGGAGAAAGGACAAGUAUCCUCUGAUCUAAAAUCCACUGUUGAAGAAGUUUCUAGUGAGAAAGGAGAAGUCUCCACUGAUCUAAAAUCCACUGAUGAAGAAGUUUCUAGUGAGAAAGGAGAAGUCUCCACUGAUAUAACAUCCAAUCCAUCAUUGAAGAUGAGCACUCCAACUGAAGAGGUUUCUAGGGAGAAAGAAGAAGUCUCUACUGAUCUAAAAUCCGCCAUUGAAGAAGUUUCUAGGGAGAAAGGACAAGUCUCCUCUGAUCUAAAAUCCACUGUUGAAGAAGUUUCUAGUGAGAAAGGAGAAGUCUCCACUGAUCUAACGUCCUCUAUUGAAGAAGUUGCUACACAUCUAAAAGAUUCCAAUCCACCAUUGAAGAUGAGCACUCCAACUGAAAAGGUUUCUAGGGAGAAAGGAGAAGUCUCCACUGAUCUAAAAUCCAGUCCAAUUGAAGAGGUUUGUAGGGAGAUAGGGCAAGUCUCCACUGACCUAAAAUCCACCAUUGAAGAAGUUUCUGCUCAACUAAAAGAAUCCAACUACGAGGAUUGGAUUUUAAGGUUCACUAACCUGACGCAAUUGGUCUACAAUUUUGCCGACCAGCAUUUCCCAUCAAGUAAACAACAGAAAAUCGCUGACAUCGAGCAUCAAAUUCAUUUGUGCGUCAAAGCCCUCGAUUCAGUUCCUCCAGAGAAUAGGGAAUCAAAUCGUGAACGUACAUUAUUCGAGUAUCUAAAAGGAAGGUUUUAUAAUGCGGUUCCUGGUGUUUAUAAGAAGGAAGCAGAGUCUCAUCUACAGAAAUCUAUUGAUCUUAAUCCGCAUCUGCGGAAUGCUUGGAAUAGCAUCGCCAGUUGCUUUAUCAAGAAAAGGGAUUUCAAUAGAGCUGAAAAAUGCUAUCAGAUUGCCCUUAAAAUGGGUAAAGAACAUAUCAUAAUUUUACGUGACCUUGCAGCCCUUGAACUGAAGAUUUCACUAUGUGAAGAUUCUGAAAAUCCAGCCCAGCACGUUGAAGAAAGCAUCAAAUAUACCAAAAGGGCGCUCCUUCAGAAUGCCAAUGAUGGAAAUUGUUUAUAUACCUUAGGAUGUGCACAUUUCAGUUACUUUGUUCUGAGUGGAGGACGGGAUCACAAUAAUCUUCAACUUGCAUUAAAGGCAUUCGAAGAAGCUAAAGAAGAUGUUGCAGUGAAGUCAAACCCACAUCUUGAAUACGACUGUAGCCUGGUUAAUAGAUAUCUGGAGAACUACAAGGAGUCCCUAAAUGGAUUUUCAGAUGCUGCAUCAAUGAAUCCUGCUAGUGAUGCUUUACAUCAAAAGGAACUGACGCUCCAGCUUCUUAACAAAUUUAAAGGAUUACUUUGGGUUAAGCGUAAUGACAAGAAUAAGGGAAAGAGUAAGGGGAAGAGUCAACGAAAGAGUAAGGGAAAGAGUACGAAAACAAGCUUGGCUGACCUGAUCCAAUCACUUCCUAAUAUUGAGGUGAAUCCUCCAUACAACAGAGCAACAAUGGAUCUCUUAACUGAAGGCCCUAACAAAUUGAUGGCAGUUGUAGCAGCAGUACGGUGCUUAGUUAAAUAUGAGUAUAAAGCUCCAGUAUACUAUAUGCUCUGUGACUCUGAUGAGAAAAGUUUUGUACUUGCAGUGUUCGGCAUACAGAAGGAAGCAAUUAAACAAGGAGAUCAGAUCACAAUAUUGGAUCCCGUUUGCAAAUUUGUUGAUUUUGUAAGGGAAGGAAAGCAUUAUCAAUUCAAGUCUGUGCGAGUCAAUCUUCUGGAACAAGUCCUUUUAAAUGGAAAUCCCCUGCCUCCUAGUUCUGCCAUUUCUAAACCAUUAUAAUAGACAAAAUACAUUUGACACAGCUGUGGGAACUUGGAAUGACAUAAACUCUACUGCCUGGUGUAUUUUUUUGACAUUUGACACACAUGACUUUGGUCAAAUCCUAUUCAGUUUGUUGUACUGUCUUUC